AUGCUGGUAGCAUCUUCUUCCUUCUUUGGAGAUGAAUUUUAUGACCCGAAAUUUGAAAUGCAGGCCCUGUCACAUAGCCUUACCAUGCUUAUGACACUCUAUGGACUUGGUCCUUCGUGUGCGCAAAAUGGACCAGUGAAUUCAUCGCUCGAACUUCGCUCACACACUGUUUUGUGUCGUGUGCACGAUGACACACUUGGUGAAACAUUUUUUUGUUUUUUUGUUGAGCCACUUCAGCAAGCUACGUUACAUUAUUGUGUGCUCAAGCCAAUUGGUGAUGCUGUAUUGGAUGGUAUAGAUUUUGACAUUGAAGCUGGCCAAGAUCAUUAUUCAGACCUCGCCGGAAAGCUAUACGAGUAUGGCGCAAAGGGCAAGAAAGUGUACCUAACAGCAGCACCGCAAUGCCCGUUCCCGGAUCAAUGGCUAGGAAAUGCACUGAAAACUGGGUUAUUCGAUUACGUUUGGGUACAGUUUUAUAACAAUCCACAAUGUGAAUACAUCAGCAGUGACCCAAACAAGUUCAAGAAUUCUUGGAAUCAAUGGACAUCCUCAAUACCUGCUAAAAAGAUUUACAUUGGACUUCCUGCCUCAAAGGCUGCUGCUGGAAAUGGUUAUGUUCUGAAACAGGUUCUGAUAAAUGAAGUUCUGCCAUUUGCUAAAGGGUCUUCAAAGUAUGGAGGGAUUAUGCUUUGGGAUAGGUACAAUGAUAUACAGAGUGGAUACAGUGCUGCAGUCAAAGGCAGUGUCUAA